AUGAGGGGCGGGAGCUCUGGCAGCGCCGGACAGGCGGGAGACUCCGGCUGCGCUGGAGAGGAGGAAGGCUCUGGCCGCGCUGGACAGAGAAGCUCUGGCCCCUCUGGACUGAGGGGCGGGAGCUCUGGCAGCGCCGGACAGGCGGGAAACUCUGACUCAGCCCUCAGCUUCGCCGACAGUUCCGAUAACAUCCAUGGCUCCUUACGGUGGCAGCUGGCCUCUUCUGACACGUGUAAGGCUCUUAGCCUGGGCCAGAGGCUUGGAUUAUGUCGCCACGGAGGGUCGGGUGUGAGACGCAUCAGCCAGAGGCUCGUCACAGAUAAGGGGCAGAGUUCCAAUGUGAGCCAGUGCUUACCAAUUCUGGAGAAGUUUGACAUCAACAAGCCGUUACCUCCUAUUACACCCAUGAUGGAGACUCAUUGA